AUGCCCAUGAUGGCCGACGACAAGGUGGAGGACAUCUCCCCACCUUUCCAUGGCUUCAUCGCUACCACCUACGAUGCGCUUCUCGUCUUUGAGGCCGCUCGCCGUGGUAUGAUUCCCCGUGUGACCCGUCGCUUGAAUGACACGGAGCGCAACAUGGUUCAGUCGGGCUCGGUGUUCGUCUACGACGAGCAGGAGAGCGGUAUCAAACGCUGGACUGAUGGGCACUCCUGGAGUCCGUCGCGUAUUUUGGGCAAUUUCCUCGUCUAUCGUGAAACUAUCAAGCCUUCAGAUGGCAAGGAGGGUGAGGAGACUACUCCCAAACAAGAGUACGGCAGCGGCCGCCCUGACUCCUCUCACGGGCGCCCGACAACGUCGCACUCUUCCCCCGGCACGAACACUUCCCCCACUGAUCCGGCUUCGAUGGGCAACUACGCCGAGUCCUCACGCAUGGCUAUGGAGGCCGCAGCGAGGCCGUUGGCUCACGGUCAGAUGCGUCCCCGCUCGGCUGCCGAAGCUGGUGGAUGUCGCCUAGAGAACGGAGUCAUCAUCGACCGUCACCUGGAGCGAAAGCUUGUGGGGAGCCUGACCAACUCAUACCUCUUUCAACCCGGAGGUCUCACCAUGACCUUGACCAUCAACGGCUUCCACCAACACGUCGUUUCGUACUACACGCUCGAGGACGCAACCGCCGGCCGUCUUCGCCGUCCUUCGACCAUCCCGGAGUUCACCGCUCUCGAAAUCAGCCCCGAGUACCUCGCUGUCGGCAACUUCCGAACGACCCCGUCCAUUGAGAUGGGUCAUGACGGUAUUCCUCGUUACCACGGCGAGCCGGACGACCGCGCUGUGUCUCCUGGACGCGGUGGUCUACCCGGCCCGUACGGUGCAGAGAUGUAUGGCGACCCUUACGGCCCUUCCGCUGGAGCUGGUUUCGACCCACACCACCAGCCACGCCUCCGCUCUGUGACUGUUCCAAACCUUUCCUCCACUUCUUCCCCGGGCAUUCCAUCCGGUUACCCCAUGCCGCCAGGGUCCGCGGGAGGUUACUACGACCAGAGUGUGCACAUGUCUGGCCGUCCUACCUCGGGCCCCAUGCGUCCUUCGACUGGUUCAAGACGCUACGAUCCCUACGGUGGCAUGCGUGGUGGCCAUGGUAUGUCUGGUGAUUCCGGCCACAGCCGACGGCUGUCCCAGCCGCCAUCUUCCAGCGAUGGCUUCUACCCCCAGGGCGGUGACUACAACUACCAGCCUCCCGCGACCGCCCCGGGUGGUUUCACAUACUACUCCUCCACUGCGCCUCCCCAGCAGCCUCCUACGCAGGCGUCCGGUGCCUCUCCGAUGGUCUCGCCCCAAUAUGGAGGAUCUGCUCCGGGAAGCUACACCUCCUGGCACGCUCCCCCCGCUCCGCCUGUGCGCCUGAUGAGCCGUCCCGACGUUCUCAGUGGUAGCGGCGAGUAUCCUACCUCCUCGUCCACUUCGAUGGACAGCGGUGGCCCGGGGGCCGGUGUUCCUCCUGAAGGUUGGACUGGCAUCCCUGGCAACCAGGCGGGUCAAUCUUGGGACAACCACCCUCCCCAGCUCCCUCAACCCUACCCUGUGUCGCAGGAUGGGUGGCAAGCUGGUAUUGCUUAA